CGACGCACACACGCGACGGGGGCGAGGGAGAGAGCGAGGGAGAGUAGAUAUAGCGCGGAGUAUACCGCCGCGCCGCACCUGACACACAAGUCCACCACGCGGCCCGGCCCCCCGAAAAACAAUCUCGCCACGCUCCAUACACGCGUGGACCGCGCCGUGUUUCACUCGGCACGCGAGCGCCAUUGGCAAUGUCGGGAAGUGACAGCCCAACAUUCUUUCACGGCCAGCCCUGGUCCAGCUGGAUCGAAAGAAUCGGACGGGACAAGCCGCUGAGCGAUGAAGAAACAGAAGUCCAGCCGUCAAGCUCAGUCACACGUCUUUCCUCAGAAGAUAUUGAUUUAUAUGGCUUUUGCCCCGAGAGGGAUGAUUUCUACGGAGUAGUUUGCGAAAUAUGCGAUGCCAUAGUGAAACCACAAGCUUUCGUUCAACACAUGGAGUGUCGCCAUCCUUCCGGCAUGGCAAAUUUCCCGCCUCCCGCGACUCCAAUUGCAAAACCGUCCGUAAAAACUCCCUUCUGUAAGGUCUCCAAGCUGAAAAGGAGCACCCAACCACCGGCUCCUUCGGUUACUUCUGCGAUUCCCAUUGUCGGCGGCGCAAAGCUGAACCACACGACCGUUAAGCGUACUGCGGAUCAGACGAGCUUGUCCGCAGGUGGCUCGCUGCCGAUCUCCUCGUCACCCCGAUCGCCUCUCGAGUCGAUCACGGUGCAAACUACCUCGCCUAACGUCGCCGGUCCCUCGAACAUUGUCAGCGCGUCGACGAACAGCGCAGGCAGCCCGAACAAGAGCCCCGUUCCCAGCAGUAGCAGUGGCGGCAGCAACAGCAGCCAGCCUCGCCGGAAGAGGCUCAAGACGGACCGUUCGUUGCUCAAAGACCGCGAAUACGACCCUGACCGGCACUGCGGCGUAUGGAACGAGGAGACCGGCAAGCCCUGCACGAGGUCGCUCACAUGCAAAGCGCACACUGUCUCGCUACGCCGAACGGUCGUCGGUCGCAGCAAGACCUUCGAUAAGCUCCUCGCGGAACAUCGCGCCGCGAAGGAGCAACCGAAUAGCGGCGGUAGCCGGCAGGCGACAAAGGUAACGGUCUCAGGCACCGUCACCGUGUCCUCGGCCGCCGCCGCCGCCGCCGCCGCCGCCGUUGUAUCCAACCUGAACAAUCCUCUUGUCCCCAACACUUCAGUAUCCAUCGCCGACUCUGAAACGCCGAGCUCACCGCCCGUAUUAUCACUACCGGACACGUAUCCACUGCCAAAGGCUGUUGAUUUGCUUUAUCGGUGUCUGGCCCCGCAUGGCUCCACUAAACCUACCAAACUCGAGGAGGACUUUGUCAAUUCGGAGGAGUUGCGGAAUCUGGAGUCGACGCUGGUGGCCAAUUCUACGGUCGCUGGCAGCAGCAGCAGCAACAGCAGCAGCGGCUCGUCGCAACAGCAGUCGAAUUCGAUGAUGGCACCGAUAUCCGUCAUGUUGCCGUCACUGUCCCCUUUACCGGGUGCCAAGAGCGAGGAGUCGCCAGGUGUGGCUACUUUGAUACCAAGCACCACCACGACACCCACAAUGCCAGUCAUAUCGGCACCACUGCCAGCCACUUGCGUGCAACCACCUACGGUGGUGGCCACGGUUCUCGAGGGCGAGACUCCGAUGGAAAUCGACGCGGAAACCAUGUCCAUGUACUCGCCCGUUUACACCACCAAAGAUACCAAGUCCCAGCUAGUUAUGCAGAUACAAUCGCGGCCAAAUAGCCAUUCGUCGCAGUCACCUAUCUCGGUCAGGAGCUACCAGCAGAUGCAGGCUUCCAUGCCGAGUCUGAACCUGUUCGAGCCGAUGGAGCAGCUGGAGCAGCAGCAUGCCAGUCAGAUCAACGGCAAGAGGCUGAACCACGCGAGCUCGGCGUUGCGGCAGCAGAAGAGGCACAAGUUGCAGCAUGAGCAACUCUCGUGUCAAUCGUCGCAGGACUUCCCGACGUCCGCGUCGAUCCAGGUCGAGGCUACGACCACGUCGUCGCCGUAUCCUCACUUCGGCGACAUCUCCUGGUCGAAUUGUCAUCCGGAGCCGCUGGCGGUCAGCCGCUGGCUCCGCAUCUCGUCCAGCCGCAAACAGUACAACUUCAAUAUUCACUGACACAAGACCCCACCCACUCCGGGCUGAGGACCGUGUGCCGCGGGCGUCGUUUGUCUACCUCCUUAUCUUCACGAGACCCCCUUUUUCUUCACCGUCGCCCACGUCAUCAUCCUAGUCAUCGCCGUCACAGUCGAUGUUGCGUCUACAGCCCGUCGAGGGGGGAAGACUUUUGUUUCCGCCGUCAUCACGAUGUGAUUACUUUUGCGCAACGAGAUCAAUCGCGACGUAUCGCAGAUCGAGACCUGGUCGAGCCUUCGAUACGCGAUGUGAUCUCUCGCUGAUAUCGCGCGGCACCAAGCUCUCGGAUCACGUGUACGCCGAUCGUCGUCGAGCAUCGAGGAAAGGGUUCUCGAUCGAUGGCCCACGAUGGUCGCGUAUCUGAACGUGUACCUGAACUCGUGCGACUCCGCAGGAAGAAACGGAUUGAACGUCCCAUUUCCGUUUGUUCGCUGAAUUUAUUACGUAAAGUAGACACAGAGAGAUCCAGAUAAACGGACACGAGAACGAUCGGGAGCGCGUCUUGAUGACAGUGAAUGAAUGAAUGUAUAACAACGUUGGCGACACCAUGAAAUUUCUGCACGGAAACGUCACGGUGUACCAUUGAGUGACUUAUUACACAGCUCGCGACGCCGCAGAACAUUCCUUCAGUCCUGUUUUCUUAACAGCAACGUGUAUCACGACUCUCUCGCAGUGAUUACGGAGACGAAUUCUUUGUUAGAUGAUUUCGAAGUGCUUGUCAAGGUAAGAGCGUUUUGUAUCAGGAAUAUUUCGGUUGCAACUCGAACGGCCCGUUGCGCGAUUUAAUUGUAAAAUCUUUCGCUAGAUCUUUCUACUAAAAGCAUAACGAUGUAUGCUCAAUACGUCCGAAUUUGUUUGUGAUUAUAAUUAUAGUCGAAACUGAAACUUGUUAAAAUCAUAUAGCGAAUUUUAAUCUGAAAAACUUAUUACGCCGAACUUUUUAAGGAUUCCAGAUGUUUUUGUUUUUUUUUUUUGCUUUUACACGAAAAAUAUCAUGAUUUACGAAAUAUUCUUUAGGACCUUUACAUUAAAACAUUUAAUUUGCACGUAUUGUGCUCCCCUACAAAUUAUUGCCAAGUUCUAGAAGCUUUAAUUGAAUGAAAAAAAAAACAACAAAAUAUGAGCGGAAAAGUUACAAGUAUGCGUUUUCACAGUAUAUACAAUAUCAUGCAUUUUUUUAUUGAAUUGUGCAUAAAUUUUGUAAAUAGACCGCAGAUUAUUAAAUCUGUCCCGUAUUGUACAUAGGAAGGCGUUUAGUGUCCUUUAAACACAUAGUCUUUGCGUAGAAGGGAAAACUUGGACUUAUUUCUCCAUGAUAUGAGCAGAUUGUACACGCAGAUGCGCAAUCUCGAUUGUACAUUAUUGUAUAUACAUAUAUAUAUUUUUUAUCGAUCACGAUCUCUUGUCCCAUUUGCAUAAACGUAUACUCCGAGAAUACGAGGCGCCAUUAUUUAAUACGCUAUAUCCGCUUCUUUCUUUCUUUCUUUCUACCGUUUUUGCCAUAAGGAUACAAUGGAAAUUGUGUAGCUCCGAGUGAUUUAUAUCUCAACUUGAUUUUUCAUUCUACAUCACAUGGAAUUUCGCGGCGAAACAAGACCAGUUUGCAAAAUGUACAUAUAACAGGGACAAAUCGAAUAUAAUCUCUUUCGAGUGACUUGCGUUUCGAUAUACAAAUUGAAGCGGCCAGUGGAUGAAACUGUAAAAUUCGGCCUUCUCUAUGUCGCUCCUGGAUUGGCAUGCACGAUAAACGUUCGGAAACGAUCAUUUUACCUUGAAGCGAGAGAGCACUCUCGUAAAGACAUAAUAAUUUGCUUCAUCUAUUCGCCCUUUCAAUAACACAGCGAAUUUCUAUUCGUCUCCGCUUACCAGUAAAAGUCCACGUAAAUCUACGCGAACGACUGUGUGGCACGAUCGAUUAUUGCACUGAUUAAAGCGCUGAUAAAGUGCUAGGUCCUUAUUCUUCCUUGUCCUUGUAGGAUAUCAAAUGAACAAAAUUUUUUAUAUAUACACACACAUAUAUAUAUAUAUGUACGACAAAAUACUAUAGUGUAGCUGUAUAUUACUGUUUAAUUAUUAUAUAAUUAUUGGAUUAUGACGCGCAUUCAACGUAUGACAAACGAAUUAAUAUAUAUAUAUAUAUUAUAUAGAUAACGGUUUCUCGAGAAAAUUUCUUUUCUACGACUCAGGCCUGCGCUUUAUUUUUAGCGCUUCGUUUAUAGAACGAUUGAUCGAUCGCUCCGAAUAAAUCGUAGGCGUACCACGUAGGUUUGCAAGCGGACCCAAACAGACAGAUUAGUGAGCCACACGAUCCCGCCUGUAUUCACCCAAGACGAUUAUUUAUUUUUGUACGUACUCGUUGAUUUGCAUCUCUGCGCACUGCAACUUUCCGGACGGGUGAAGAGCGCGCGGGUAACUAGCGAUGCGGCAAGACGCAUAUACGCGGAUUUCUUAUCAUAGAUUGUGAUAUUUAACUAUUAAUGAUUAGUAGGAUAAUUGUAGAUUGUGUCUCUAUGUGUUCGGCGGCGAGGACGUAGCGUUCGAAUUCUUUUUCCCGGUGGCGGGCGCCCUUCGUGCCGCCUCCCGUCGAUUUUGCCUUCGGAAGAAAAGGAAAAUAUUACCGCGGAGGCAAUCUGCGUUGCUCCGCUUAGUUGUUGCUCGCGUUAAUAAAAUGAAUUUCUUUGUUGGCGAACGUAGUGAAAGAGAAAAUUGAAAGAUAAUAAAAAUUAGGCCAAUUUAUGAUAAUUAUUUGGAGGAACGGCAAGAGGAAUAUGAAAGAGUAUGCGUGUGAGUGUGUGCGUGUGCGUGUUACGCUAUGUCGAAUGUAAACAGGCGCUGAAUAUCGUUACCGCGCAGUAUAAAGCGAUGCUUCGCAUCAUCGUCACUGAUCCUCUCGGCUACCUGAAAUCGUGAUAACUUGUACAUAAAUCGUGUAAGCAGAUAAUUACCUACGGAUAUCAAUUAGCCGCAUAGCUGCAUAAGGACGUAUUACAUAUGGUGUAUACGCAUCUGCGUGAAUAUUGCAAAGGGGGGAGGGGAGGAGUCCGCUGGAAUUCGCGAGCGUUGAAACUCUAAUUGCUUCACGGGUGUCGCACCUUACGUAACUUGGCCGCGUAUAAUGCUGCAUUUAAUAUUAGAUUUGUGUUGUCCUUCCUGAUCUUCAGCGUCGUUUACUUGACGCGAGAAUCGUGCGCAACGAUGAAAAUUGCGCAGGCGACGUUUAGCGCCGAAUGCGAUUCCUUAAUUCUGAGCUUAAUCGGUCGAUGUCGAGGCGAGACGAGGAACAGGCAGCUACGGUUAGCCCAGCUAGUAAUAUGCGAAGUAACACGAGUCAACGAAAUGUCGCGAAACGCUACUACGUCCAUACGCGAAACGAUACGGUUCCCUGUUUUCUUUCCGAAAGCCACCUGUAUGUACCACAGUUAGUGUUCACUGCGCGGCGCGUAACGAUCGUAUCAACGGAUUGCGAGCGGUAUCGAGAAACGAUGCGACUCCGAUAGGCCAGCGAUCGUCAAAGAACUUGCUCCUUGGCUAACGGUGGGCUCAAUGGCUGGAGGAGCCACGGACUUUCCGCGUUAUUGCUCCCAAGCUCCCGUAGAGCAAUAAUGUACCCGUUUACAAUCAAUUUAGCAGCAAUAAUUGUUUCGUUAACUGUAAGACGUGUCACGUUUAGAAAGCAUAUUCGUUUCCGAAAUACGCCUUUGUAAUCCUACGCUUUUGUAAUCAUCGGUAAACCGUAGAAGAUGUCGAUCGGUACUCUCUGAGCUAACGACGUAAGGAAGAAGGAUUGAAAGGGAUUCAUAGAAAAUGUUCAAUUUAAUAUCGGGGAUUAUUUUGGAACAAUUGAAAAAAAAAGUAUUGAAUCUAUUUUUUUUCUUUUACAUACAAGUAUUUUCUACGUACGCGUGUUACGGGCAUUAGAGACGAAUGGAAGAAAAUUCUAAUCUAAUCCCGAACCCGAGGUGGACUUCUAUGAAUUUCUUUUAACUUGCUUAUUUUUUAUAGAGACGAAACGCAUUCGGGUGACCGUAACCGCUUCGUUGUAUACCUAAGAAAGCUUCGUUCAGUCCUGAAAGUCGGGACGGGAACGGACGAGAGAGAGAGAAAGAGACGAGGAAUCGACAAUUUGUAAUUUUCUUCGGCUCGACUCCCCCCUUGCUUCGUUAGCGCGCGCGCGCGCGCGGCACGAAACGACUAGUAUUUUAAUUAAUUCUAACGAAUCCGCGUGAAACUGUGGUGCGGUGGAUUAAUACGCAGUAGAUUGAUAAAUUGAAGACUGAAUCGAUGAGAAGGACUCAUCCGACGAAUUAGAUUGCCGGUAGCUUUUAGGGAAGUUUUUUUUUAAAUGGAUCCUUUCCUCAAAUAGCGCGUACAACGUUCACUUAAUUUCCGACGUGCCGGUAUUAUGUGUUGCUCUGUCAUGUUUGUGGAAACGUGCACGUUACCGCUUAGAACGGCGGGCAGUCGGUCUAUUUUUCGUUGGCACUGUAAUUUCACGUGGAGGAAUUAAAAAAAAAAAAGAAGGGACACUCUGACUUCAGAUUUAUCACAAAGCAAGAUAUUUUGUGGCAUUUAAUUUAAAUAUAUGUUUUAUAUUUAUUUGUAAAUCGUUUUUUUAUUUGUCCAUUUACCUCACACCCAUUCGUCGAUUGAUUGUCGUUGUUCUUUUUUUCUUUCCUAUUCGUACGCAUGCGCUAGUAAAUAGAGAAACUUUUCGUAAGAAUUAGAGAGAGUACGUCGCGAAGAAGAUUCGUACAAAGUCUGCAUACACUGUGCAUACUGUCGCUUGAUAUCACAUAUCAUUGUAAAUAUUACGACGAUAUUCCGAUUGUGUCGUAGCAUCCGUGUGUUGUAACACUUAUUCGAUAAUUAACGCGGCAUGUAUAAUUAACGGAUAUUUGAAAUUGUAUCAUGCGAUUUCGUAAUUUCACCAUUAUUGAUGUGUAAAUUUUAUUAACAUCGCCCGCCCGCGAGUUAAAAGUAUCGGUGGAAUUCGUGCGAUGUCGAAACGCUUUUAUUACAUGUCGUUGAAAGAAGCUUUAUUAAAAUUCUAAUCCCAUAAAUAUACGAGUCGUGUAAACAAAUUGCUUUAUGAGUGCCGUGUCUCGGUGGCAACAUUUUAUUUUUCAGUGUUACGAGUUGCAGCACCUCGUUUUCUUUCAAAUCUGAUCUCUCGGAUUUAAUGCAACCUUUUUACAUCAAGUAUGGUUGAAAUUAAUGACUGUAAAAUUUCGAAUAAAAUUGUCGUUUAGUAAAUAAUUGGCUGAAAAGUUUUUCGAGGCCGAAAAUGCCUGCCGCUGGCAUACAUUAUUUUCGGGAUACCCUAGGUCGUUGCCUCCGACCGAACCGUGCAUACUUUUAUUGCUCCAUUUACUCAUCGUAGUCGAAGUUACGCAAAUGGACGGAAGGCCUGUAGACUGACCAAGAAAACGUAAUAUCCUGAAGCAUCUUAAAGGUCGUGUGUCAACCAGCAAGAGUGCGUUUUGCGGGACGAAAUAUUACGUUCUAAUAUUAAUUAGCUUACGGAAAUGCUCUGAAAGUUUGCACGAUACCAUUGUUGGCGGAUUACGUGGCCGAGACGAAAAGAUUACCGAGAAAGUAAAGCAAACAGACGCCAUUAGCGCGUCCAUACACUUUUGCAGAGGACGAAUUAUUCCGAAACCAGUUGUACUCUUCUCCUUUUGGGAAGAGAAUAUAAAAGAGCAAAAAUAGCGACGGUCGUUCUUGAAAGUCAAACGACACUCGCUCCUACACAGGGAGAGAAAUAGUUUUACUGGACUACCCGAGAAACUGUCUUGCAAAAACUCACGACACGAAAAGAAUUCUUCUCUACUUUUAGGCUCGCCCGCAACUGCUUGCCUAAUUUAGUAAAUAUAAUUCCCUUAAAUGAAUAAAAAAUAAAAUAAGCAGUAAGAUUCUUGCUGUAAACGUAUUCAACAAGUAUACUGCUCGCCGUUUGACCCGAAGGCCACAGUCUCUCAAAUCUGCGGCCAUUGUGUCGACACGAUAGGAAUGUUUGCAAAAUCGAUUUAUCACCCGAACGGCUAUUUGCUAGUUACUCGCGCAUAAUAAGCGGAGCGAUCCUCAGUCGUAUACGAUUUCUGUACAUACUUAGGCGAUAUUCCCGAGAUGCUGAGCGACUAUGCGAAAUAUCAAUUUGGAUAUUGCAUAAUUCGUAGCGAGAGAAAGUGUUCGAUGUAUCCAUUUCAACUCUUACUUUUUUUAUACGUAUACGUUUUUGCCCCGCCGUCGUCGUCGUCGUAGCUUCUCGCAUAGAUCUUCGAUUUUUAUAUAGAUAUCGACGUCUCGAUUAUUAAACAACGUAGAGCGGCAGUCGUGUCAUUGUAAGAAAAAAAGAUAUACGGACGAUAUAAUAGGGUAGCGCGCGAUUUGACUCGCCAGCGCUCGUGAUCACGUUCUUCUCAGGUAUUUAACAUGUUUGUAAAUCAUGUAACUCCUUCCCGUAAUCAUUAACACUGUCAACGCUAGUCGGACCCCCAUUGAAAAGGCUUGUACAAUAAACAUCUUUCCGUGUCCCCUCGACCAUCAUCGACGAUCAAUUUCUCUCACGAGCAGUCAAGAAGUCCGUGCCACUUGUUAACGAGUAUACUUCAGUAUUUAUUGUAUUACACUUUUAUAUAAAUUUUCUAGGCGACCGUUUUGUAUUACUUCACGAGGCUCAGCAAGCAAUAUAUUUUUUUCACACACACGCACACACACACACACACACACACAUACACACGAUUCUCUCGAUUUACGCGCGCAGAAUUUUUUCUAGACUCCCAUUUUCUUCGACACAAAUUACAUUAAUUUGUUAUAUUAUAUAUAAUUAAUUAUAUUAAUUAAGAUGGUCGCGUUCCGAAAAAUACGAUCCAUCUCGAAGAAUGAGACUUUUGUUCGGUGACAAUUAUUUAUCCGCGUAAGUCGCGAGAUGUGAGUGCAGGGUUCGAUUUUUGUAGAUUAGAACAGCGUGAAUAGGUUUCUCGUGUUCAUCGCUAAAGUGUUGUGCGCGUAGAAGAAACAAAAAAAUUAGGUAUACGGAUGUGGGGGGAAAAAGAGAGGAAGUGUGCUUUUAAAACAUUAUGUAUUCCUAAGGAUGGGAAUUUUCCUAUUUGCGUAUUACGUAAGAAGAUUCACGUGUCCCGUAACACUAAUACGCGCGGUCUCGUUCACUAUUCAAAAGUCUUAAUGUAAAAUUGUAAUGUUUAAGAGACGGGGAGGAUACUCAGGCGUUAGGGAGACCGUUCCUGAUAUCCGAUUUCGAAGUAAUCUUAUAUUGCCAACAUAGUCGACCGUAAUGUAAGCUAGAAAACGAGUGAGCAGGUGAUUUUUGUCGCUGACGCAACUCCGACUAAUCUUGUAUAAAACGUCACUGCAACGUAUCCCUAGGCUUCUUUCGUCGAGAAUGUUCGCGGGUGUUAAUAACGUGCGUUCUUUUUUUGUCUAGAGGUGUACGAUCGCACUCUCGGUUUACUCGAGACAAUUCGAGCAGUAUUACGGCGAUUUAUUGUACGAGCGAUUUUCACGCGGCUCGCCGUUUGAUUACAAGAAGAAACUACGUGUGUAACGAACUAUAGGUAUAUUCUCUACAUAAUGUACGACAAAUAACCAUUUAAUUCUUGACUACUUUAUUAUUGCAACAAAUGAGAGACGGGGGGGGGGGGGGAGAGAGAGACUACGAUCGUGAAAGUGAAGAAUCCAAGUAUCGCGACGGUGCGCAUUGAAAGAGAGAAAACAAGCCUCCUUUACGGCCACCAGGAACAGUAUUGUUACGCAGUUGAUCGUUACAUGUGCAUAAAAGCUUUGGAAAUAAAAUGAUCUGAAUCCUA